CGCCUGAAGUGCAGUCAGGUGUGCAGGCGCCGAGGGCAACCGGGGCAGGUAUGGCGAGCUGGUGGCGUGCCUUUCCACGGGCCAUGAGGCGCUAUCCGUGGCCCACUAACGUGCUGCUCUACGCCGGGCUCUUCUCGGCGGGUGAUGCGUUGCAGCAGCGACUGCGGGGCGGCCCAGCCGACUGGCGCCAGACGCUGCGCGUGGCCACCCUGGCCGUGACCUUCCACGGAAACUUCAACUACGUGUGGCUGCGCCUUCUGGAGCGCGCGCUGCCAGGCCGCGCGCCGCGCACGAUCCUGGCCAAGGUGCUAUGCGAUCAGACUGUCGGAGGGCCAGUAGCCCUCUCUGCCUUCUACGUUGGUAUGAGCAUUCUCCAGGGGAAGGAGGAUAUAUUUUUGGACCUGAAGCAGAAAUUCUGGAAUACAUAUAAGAGUGGUCUGAUGUACUGGCCUUUUGUGCAGCUGACCAACUUCAGCCUUGUCCCUGUGCACUGGAGGACAGCAUAUACGGGACUCUGUGGUUUCCUCUGGGCCACCUUCCUAUGCUUUUCACAGCAGAGCGGUGAUGGUACAGUGGAGUCCAUAUUCAUCUUCCUUCACAGGAAGGAGGCGAGUGAUAAGUCCCUAGAGAAGUGAGGAGUCUGGACUCCCUUCCUAGGACUCAGUUCUGUUUCUCCAUUGGUCUCAAUCACCUGCAGCAGGCCUGCUUCAGUGACCAAUUAUGGGCUCCAUCAUGAAGACUUAGACCCACUUGAUUUGAAAUUAUCAAUAAUUAUUUUAACUUUUAUCCAAACUUUUUCCAGUCAUUCUAGUCUAAAACUCUUAUUCUCUGGCAUUUUCACAUCUUUAAUGCUUUGGUUAAAAAUGAUAACAAUGACAUAUGACAUUUUAGAAUUAUUAAUAUUUCUAUUCUAAUAGUAUAUGGCUGGUUGAAUUUUUUUUUAAAAAAAAAGACCAACUCCAGUUUUGAUUGUAUUUCUAGCCUAAACUCUCAGGCUAUUUCCUACACACUGUGGAAUCUGAUUGCCUUUUGUUUUUAUAGUAAAUUUCUAUGCAUAUAAAAUUCAGUCAAGAAGGUUGAAUAAUCAUUCCCCCCCCAGAUAAUUUAUAAUACUGUAUUAUUAUGUCAACACUAAAAUUCUGUAAGUAGAUGUUUUUAAUCUUCAAAAGAGGAAUAGAGUUGGAUAUAUUCUGUAUAGAAUAUUUUAUUGAUACUGUCUACUUUAUUUAAAGAAGGAUCUCAGGCUGACCUGGAACUCACUAGAUAGCCCAGCGAGGCCUCAGCUCUCCAAGUGCUGAGAUUAUAGGCAUAAACCAUCAUGUCUUACUCUUCUGCUUUUAUAAUUCAGUGCUUAAAAUUCUUUAUCUUUGCACUUUAAAAUGGACACAAAAAUCCUCAGCCACUCUUUCACAUUUUUUCAGUUUGUCUAAAUUCAGCCAGCCACCUUCAGGUUUCAGAGUUAUGCAAAUAACCAGGCCUGGAGGUAUGUGCCUGUCUACUAAUAAUAACCACACAUGGAGGUGUGUGACUGUCUAUUCAGAAAGCUAAUGGAGGAGGAUCAUUUCAGCCCACGAGUUCAAGACUGGACUGGAAAAAACAGCAAGACUCUGUCUCAAAACCACAAAAUAAAAAAAUGUAAAACUAUGGAUGUCUUAAGAAACUUCAACAAUCUCGCCUGAAAAUUGCCCCCAUGGUUGUGUUGUGUUGCUUCUACUGGCAUACAUGAUAAAUUUCGAGAUGUGAAACAUGAAUUCUGAGUUUAUUUUGUGAAUGUAUAAGGUCAAUUUUAUAAUUCAUACUUAAAUUUCUAAGCAAUUAAUUUAUAUGGUUUGUAAUAUGUUUGUAUAAAUUAUAAGCAUGUACCUUCUAAAAGGUCUAAGUUAUGGAAUGUAAUAGAAAUUGUUGGGAUGGUAUGUAGGUAUAUCCCUGUAUUUUCACUUGUUAAUUGCUGUGCCCUAAGCUGCUUGCUGGCAGGAUUUGGGUGUUGUCAUUUUUAUGGCCCAUUGCCAAUUUCCUAUGUGUAAGUGUUUGUCCUUCCUACCUGCCCAAAAAGAUGAUUCUCAAGCAGCCCUCAGUGCCAAAGGGCAACCCAAAAAGACUGUUGCUGAUUGCUUCAGACUGGAAUAUGACUAUUUGUAUAAUAAGAAGCCGGCAGCUGGAGCUGGGGCAGAAGUAUGGGGCGUAACUUCUGUGUAGGCAGACACAUGGGCGGAGAUGCAGGAGACAUGGACAAGACUCAGGGGGACUUAGAAGGAGGCAGAAGGGAGAUGGAUGGAGCAGGAAGCAUGAAGUGAGAACCACGUGGAGAGAUGGUGUGGUAGUCUGAAUAUGCUUGGGAAAUGGCCCUGUUAUGAGGUGUGGCUUGUUAAAGGAAGUGUGUCACUUUGGGGGUGGGCUUUGAGGUCCUAUGCUCAAGCUCUGCCCUGUGAGGAGAGACCAUCAUCCUGGUUGCCUAUGGAAGAGAAUCCCCUUCUGUCUGCCUUCAGAUCAAGAUGUAGAACUCUCAGCUCCUUCUCCAGCACCAUGUCUGCCUGGAUGCUGCCAGUUUCCUGCCUUAAUGAGGCAGUUAAAUCUAUGAACUUGAUGGACUGUAAGCCAGCCACAAUUAAAUGUUUAUAAAAGUUGA